AUGAGGAACUGUCGGUCUCACUCUGAAAUCACUUAUCGAAAGGAAUCCUCAAGUGAACGACUAGGGCCUGUUUCACGGCCUGUGGAGAUGCCUGCGAAUGUACUUGACUACAUAGACCAUUCAUUGCGGCCAGCUGAUCCAAUUGUUGGCGAUGAGGCAUCCGAGCAGCUUUAUAAUGAGCACAUUGCUGCCUGUCAUGAGCUAUACGAUUAUGAUCUUAGUUUACAGCGCGCGCUCGCUGAAAAACACAAUGCUAUAAUGAAUCUCGCUCAUAUGGAAGAAUAUCGAAAAUUGGCGGAAAAGAAGAGGCAGCUGGAGCAGCUCAGAGAUGACGCUCUCAAGAAAAUUCAGCAACACUCAUGA